GACAGAUGGGACGAUCGUGAUUGGCCAACUAUGUACACGUGCUUGGUAAACUUGUCAAGUUGACCUAUGACGUCAUUCUUCCGAGGUCAUACAUAUUAUUUAUAAACAUAAUCGAGACGAAUGCGAGUUGGAGCUGUAACUUCACACAGUAUAGCUGACCGUCAACAGUUAACACCGCAGAUCCGGCGCAGUGGGCCCCAGAUGAGCCAUGUCCUCAGAGAGUGACGGGGAGGGGUCCUCCAGGGGGUGGACACUUGUGGACAAACAUGGACACACUGAGGUUUCUGAGGACUCCUCUGGUUCUUCCUCAGACUUCGUAGAUCUGGGAGAGGACAGUGUGCGGUAUCAUCAUGUCAGUCGAAGCACUAGUGUCAUCGAUAUCACUCCAGGCAACUCAGCAAGUUCCUCAAGCCUCUCAUCAUCCAGCCUACCUGCUAACUUCAGGGCUCAUGGUGGAGCAAGCGGAAGUCGAGAGGACCCUCAAAAUUCUGUCUCUUCUGAUGUCAACACAGUUCCAACAGUUCUUCCAGGGCCCUCGGUGAUUCCUGAAGUUGCGGAAAUCUUUCACGGUGACGGAGCACUUAGACCACUAAGCUACUUGACAUCCCAGGAAGGUUGCCGAGAGGAGAACAUCCCUGCUGCCAACAGGCAAUCUUCAGAUUUGGGAAGCUCCGCUUCAUCUUCUGCCUCAACCCUGACUGGCUCCCAGUCUCCUCUCCUCCUAGCCUCCUAUUCAAAUGGUGUUGCAAGUGCAGGAGAUCAGGUCGAAGGAGCAGGUACCCACUCGGAAAGCCCAGCCAACAUCUUGACGUCAGGGAAUCUGGACAGAAUCAAUGAUGCAGAGCCAGAUGCUCUUGGGGAUCAAAUGUCUUACGACGCACUUGAUAACAUCUCAGUGGACAGCAUUGAGGUUCUCUCCAUGCCAUCAGAGGAGAGCCAUUUUCUUGAAGAUGGAGCGACGAUGGGGGGUUGUGGAGACAUGAUUCAAGGAAGGACGGAAGAAGCUGAGGACGAUCAGAAGCUGGAUGUAGUACCAGCAUUGCUUUCUAUGGCAGCCGUGUCACCUGAAACAGAAAUGAACCCUCACCAAGUCAACGAGUCCCAGCUGAGUUCUGGCAAUGAAGGGUCAGACACGUCCGAGUUUGAGCGUAUCGAUCCCGAAAUGGUCCCUGCGGUGGAUGAGGGGGAAAACCAGACUAUUGAUGCAGCAGAGGAAGGCAAGAUGGAUGUGGCAGGGGCCAGACCAACAGAAGAGUUGGAAGACGAACCUCUCUCAGAUGUGUCAUUCUUGAGGCCACCCUAUCAACCUCGGAAUUUUCUAGAGAUGCCUUCAUGUGAAUCAGAAGAUGUUCAUAACUCUUUUCUUCAGUCGUCGGUCCCAUCACCUCCCGUCAAUCCUAACAUGCCUGCAUCACCUGCUUCACACAUGCAUCCCUGGUCUGGCCAGUCCGCGUCCAGCAUUCAGCCCUUCCCGUUUGACCACCUGCCAGCCGGUAGGAUUGGUCUUCGCCAUCGUGCCAGCUCUGGUGACUCAUCAGCCGGCCUCCAACUCAAGCCGCCCGGUAGAUUUGGCCUGCCCCAUCAGCGUAGUAACAGCUCAAGUGAUGAGGGUUUCGAGCUUAUACGGAGACCAAGAGUUCGGGACGAUGAUGAGGUGUCGACGGUUUCAUCCAGUAGCUCUGAUCUGUCGGGCUUUGUCAAUGUCAGACAGCGGCGUGGACCACCAUUGUCUCGCUCUGUCAGCCAGCGUCACAGCGACUUUGACGACACUUUGGACAGCGUAUCCAACUUCACCGACAUCUCGGAGGAUUGUCUCCCGGCCAACAUGAUGAUCCAGAGCCAGAAGUCUGGAGUGCGGCAGUACAGACAUCGGAGGGACGAAGGACUGAACACGAGGCUGGACUGGCUGGUUGCCAUGGUGCUACUGGCGGGAUUAGCUCUCGGCAUUGGUCAUUUCAUCGGCUCCACUCAGGAGAUGGCACAUCAACACUCCAUCAACACUGGCCAGGUACAGCGUCUCCGAGAGCUUCAAGAUGACCUUGUAACCUGUCUGGAUCGUAGCUCCGGCAUCGACAGCAGAAUCACCACGGAGAAAUCCUCCCCGGCACUCCAGGCUGUCAAGCUGCUGGAAGGACUUAACUCUAAGAUGAAGGAGGAAGGUCUUGAUACAAGCCAUCUCUUAGAACAACAGGUAGGUGACAAGGUUGUAAAGGUGGCCGCGGACAGUGACUUGCAUCCGACUGAGAGAACGGAAAGUGGGGAGGAGGCUCUAAGCGGCUCUGGAGUAAGCAGUGAUGAGAAAUCAGCCUACAAGAAUGCGAUGGAAACUCAGCCGAGCUCUCGCAUUCAUUCAACUGAUGACAACUUGGAGGAUAGUAAUGACUCCUUAGAUGUAACAGAGCCAGAAAACUUCCACAGAGCAGAUGACAAAGCUUUGUUGGGUUUUAAUGAGCAAGCCAUGUUAGAUAAGCUCUCGCCUGACCACCACGUCAUGAGCUCUGAUGAAGAAUUCAAGAUUUUGGUAGAUGCCCCUGUGGUCUCAGUUGAAUCAAAGAAAUUGGUACUGGAUAUGGAUGUCGCUGGAAGGGUAGAAGAUCUGAAAGAAGCUGCGAAGGAGACUCCAGAUGAUACUUCAAGUGAGGGUAAAAAGAUGGAAGACCUGCAGCUUCAAGUUAAAGAUGUCGAUCAACAGUUUGUGGGAGACGAUUCCAUAGAAUAUGGCCCUGAAAAACGGCCAAAAUCUUUUGAAUAUUACGAUGAGAAGAUCGAGUCGUUGGAAGAAAAGAUGGAAGAGCUGAUGCAAACAGCUCAGCAUUGGCAGGAGAUGUUUGAGGAGUCCAAGAAAGAAGAGAGCUCUGGAGAAGCUGAGAGCCAGAAGAAGGACAAGGAGUCUUCCGGUAAAGAUCAAGGUGAUCAAGACAGUACAGAAAAAGAUGAUGACCCUGUGGCUGGAAUUGGAGGAACUCUUCAGAGUUUGUGGUCCGAUUGGCUGGGAACAGAUCAUGGAAAAGCCAUCCUGCAUUAUCUCAAUCAGACGCAAGUACAAUCGGUUUUGUUGUCCGAAGCCUUCAUCAGGGAACUAGAUUCUCUUAAGGCCUUGCCUGAUUCUGAGCAAGUACAAGCGAUCCUGAACAACACCAAAUUGUUGGCGAAGCACUUGGGCAAGGAGGUAGAAUCAGUGACUGGGUAUCUGAAGAAUCAGUCUGCAAAGUUGGUAAAGGAAAACAACAUCACUGCUGAGAAUAUGGGUGAGAAAGCCGGUAAUGCUUGGAUGAAACUCAAGAAUGUAACCUCUGAUGUCGUAGAUUAUAACCAGAAGGUCUUGUCUAUGUUUAGUGAACAGCUUGUCGACACUCUGCAUUCUGUUGAGAACAUCUCCUCUGAGUUUAUCGCUGAACAAAAUCUGUCCAUGUCUCGUGUCACAAAUAUGGCGGAACAGGCCUGGGGGACUGUGAAAAACUAUUCAUCGAUAGUAACGGAAACGAUAUUGAACAAAACAUCAGAAUCAAUGAAGACAUCACCACAGAGUGAAUCAGUUGACGACCCAGAAACGGAACCAAAUGAAAAAAUUCAAGGCGGUUUUGGCGAGAAGCUAAGAGGGGCGUGGGAUACUGUCCGCAAUUAUUCCUCCAAUUUUACCUCGAAGCAAAACCUGUCUAUCUCUGGACUCCGGGAGCAAGUCAAGGCGGCCUGGGGCAAAGUCAAGAACACCUCUGCCCAAGUGAUGGAGGACAUCUCCGAGUCCAACCUUGCAGGGAAACUGAAGGAUGGUGCUACGAAACUCGGUGAAAAAGUUGGAACAACGAUCAAGUCUGUGAAGGAAAAGAUAAAGGGGUUGCACAGUAGGAAAGGCCACCAUGGAAAAAAGAAACACCAUCACGAUCAUUCAGAGAGGCAUCGUCAAGCUGAAAGAGGCAAUAAGAAGAAAAACAAAAAGCCUAAAGAUCGUAAGAGGCAUGAAAAACACAAGGACAAAAAAGAUUAUUCAUCAGGAAGGUCUGACAAGAAGGAUACCCAUAAACAGCAUAAUAAACAUCAAAGAAACCAUCAAAGGCAUACAAAUGAUAAAAGACACCGAUCUUCAAAAGACCACAUCAUCAAUCCAGGCAAAAGAGGAAAAACAUAUCAUCAAAAGCAGUUUUCUGUGCCCUCAAGGUGGCAUCAUCGACACCAACAAUACGAUGAAUCUGACACAGAGAACAUCCACUCAACUAGUGAUCUGCCUUCGGAACGAGACCAGGAUUAUCUGAAUUCAGCCCCAUCAAGACCACAUUGGGAUCGACCUUCUCAUGGGAAAGCUGAGUCGGUCGAAGAUGGAGACCAGAAACAGGAUGCGACAGAUUUGAAACGGGAACCUUCACUCCAGAAGUACCAGCAGAACUCUGUGCCAUCAAGACAACAGAUGAAGGUUUCCCAUGAUGCAGGAACCCAGGACCAACCAAAAUCUGAGAAUAGCAGACCAAACAUACCUGAGAAGAAGCAAACCCAGCCGAAAUCUGUGCCUUCAAGACAACAGAUGUGGUCCACUGAUGAUGUAAGAAACCAACAGAGAGCUUAUAGAAGUGAACAAGAGGUUCUUAAGGAUGAAAAGAUGACUUCCAUUAAACAUGGGUGUCCACCACAACGAGAUGGCUUGGGGUCCAGUGAAGAUGGGGAGAGUGAUACCGUAUCCAAUUGGGAGGAGCUGUUUGACUGCAUCGACAUGCAUUGCAAAGGGAAUGAGAAGUGCAUGCACAGUCAGCGUCGAGAUGCUGCCAGGUUGUACUCUGAGCUCCUCGACUACCAAGUGUGGCUGAAGGAACGCAAUCUCAGGAAGGAUGUGCGAGAGCUCAAGGAGUUCCUGGAAGAAUUGGGCGAGUUCCUCAGCGAGACAGACUCUGAUGACAAAGACCUGGAUGAGCUGAAGGAUGAGUUUGGUGAGAUGGUGCAAGACAUGGAAGAGGGAGCCCUGAAGCGGCAACAGAAACAGGGAAAAUAUCGAGAUCACAAAGCAUACCAGAGCGAUAAAGAUCAAGAUACACAACGGCAGGGAGGUAGAGCUAUCAUAAAUGAACCCGAUGAAGUUGAAAACUCAACAGUCGUCAUCGAUCUCAAAACCCUUCCUCAGAAGCAAGAUUCGAGCUCCGACACACGAUCCCAUCAUCCCACAGAGAACACAGAGAAGCGAAAGUAUGCAGGGAGGGGUUUCCAGAGCAGCGGUGAUGAAAACGACUGGUACCUCCGACGAGCCGAGGUCAGGGCAGAGCAGCGAAAAUCCCACCACUGGAUGGGCGACGAAAAGCACAAGGAUACCCCAAACUGGUAUCUGCAUUGGGUACAGGGGCGCAUCAAUGGGCGUACGGGGGUAACCGUCUGGGACAUGUAUGAGUGGAUCAAGGAGAGGUACAUGCUAAGAGAGGAACUAAGAAGACAUGACAUCGAGGAUCAUACUAACUGGUUCCUAAGAAGACCUUAAGAAAGUCUAUAAAAAAAUUUGGAACAUUACAAAUUCUCCUUUUUGGGAGGCAACUUUGGAAUAACUUCAGGUCAGUUGAAAAAUGUCAACUCUGUAAAGAACUGACCUUCAUUAAUAUGCAAUGGGGUCUAAUUUUGCCUGUUGCUAUCGCUCUAAGUGUAUUGGAAACACUGAGUGCUGAGGUAGCGGGAUGAAUAGCUUGCAGAAUCAGUUUCAAUUUCAUGGUUCAUUUACAAGUUCAAACAUUGUGUGAAGUGUUACUCAUGGCACAGGCUAGUAUUAGAACAAAUUUGUUUUCCUCUUCUUUUUUCUUUCUGUCUUAAAAUGAUGUUUGGCAGUCUUUGUUAGAUUGACAAUGGUGUAUAACACCUUAACUUAAUCAGUGGAACAAAAGUUUAACGAACCUUCACCGUGUGUAUAUAUUGUUGGUUUAUUCAUGGAUAUUUUUUCCCUAUUUAUGCAUGAAUGAUGAGAACAAAAAAGUUAAAUUGGAAAAUUGAAAAGAGCAUAUUUUCAAGAAUUCGGCUAACAUUUCUCAAAUUUGGAUACUUUAAGAGUUUCAUCUUUUACUUUAAAACUGAAAUGCAUGUAUC